UCGUCACUCAGAGUACAGAAACUACUGUCGGGAACACGCUUGCAUCAGUAGGACUGGGAAAACCAAUAUAUUUAAACAUCGGAAGAAAAGGUCAAAGUUCAUGCCGACUGAGAAAAGUACAGAUUUUCUCAUUCCUCAGGAAUUUCCCAUUCCCAGAAUUUCAUAGCAUGGGAAAAUAAGGAAUUUUGCAAUGUUCCUGAAAUCAGGUAGAGUAAGAGCUGUGAGUGACGAGGCAGCAGGGGCCCAAAUCAGUAUAAAUAUCAGCACUUCUGCACACAUUUACCAUCAGACAGAAGGACUCAGCUCACAACAAUCAUCCAGACCAGGAGAAAGAGUCAAACUUGAGCCUCUCAAAGCCUCCUAAGAUGAAGACGUUCAGUGUUGCAGUUGCAGUGGCCGUCGUGCUCACAUUCAUCUGUGUUCAGCAGAGCUCUGCUGUCCCAGUCACUGAACAGGAGCAGGAGCUGGAGGAGCCAAUGAGCAUGGACUAUCCAGCAGCAGCACAUGAGGAGGCAUCAGUGGACUCAUGGAAGAUGCUGUAUAACAGCAGACACAAGCGUGGCAUCAAGUGUCGCUUUUGCUGUGGCUGCUGCACCCCCGGUAUCUGUGGAGUUUGCUGCAGGUUCUGAGGAUUCCUGCUCCCACAACCACUCAGUAUUAACAAACUGUAUGUCACAGACAAUGUGUGAGAUUAUACUGUUUUAGUCACAUUGUGUCCUCAGUUACUGCCUCAACUACAUGCUUGUAUUACACAGUUUAUCACAAUAAACUUUAUGGUCAUUUA